UCGAAAAGAAAAAUAGCACGUGACUUCCGGUUACUAGCGGAAGUUUUUAGUGGAGGGUAAUAAUCCAAAUGUUCAUGUGCUCACUUUCGGUUCCGUAGCGGAAUUAUUUUGAUUUAUCAUGAUCUACAGUUUACCCUGACUUUGGGAUUUUAAAAAUGCCACAUGAUAAAGCUCGCAGCAGCCUCGUGUCUGACACUCUGGAACGGAGGAGAGCUCUGACCAUCUCGCCGGUUGUCAGACGUGACAGCUGUCAGACUGAAAAUCCACUUAAGAUCUCUAGGAGAUGUUCCACAUCCGAAGAUGAGGAUACAAAGAUGUCUAAAGAUCGGAAAAAGAACAACUCCAAUGUGACCAUCCAUUGGACACAGCUGGCAUCAAAUGGUACAUCCGAUCAAUCAGAUACCAAAUUACAAACAUCCAAUGAUCAAGUGUGCAUAACAUGGAAGGAUAUUCAAAGGCGUCAGAUCAAGAUUGUAUUAGAAGAUGUCCUCCAGACCGAGAGGGGUCAAAGCUUGCUAAGAGGUAGCAGAGAGAGUUUCAAAUUGAAGAACCAAUCAGAACGCAAAAGGUCAGCAAGAGAGAGGCGGAGUGGUCAGACCUCAACAAGUGACCUCAACGAUACUAGGAGAACCAGUGUGACACUAAGACGUAGAUCAGACUCCGCUGGAGCAAAAGACACUUCACCAUCAACCCCUUGUUCUAAAAAUGAAUCAUGUUCAUCCAGAGAUCAAAUAAAGAUCAAAACUUCACCAGUCGUACAAAUAAACUCAUCACUGAAACUACCAGAGCUGUGUGAAAUAUCAAGUAACUCUUCUUCACCCAGACAAAGUGACUCUCCACAAUGUGUUGAAAUUACUGAUGAUUUGUCUGAACAAAUCAAACCAUCUACAUUUGAAGAAAAUGAAGCAUUAAUUCCAGAAGGAUCACAGUGUGUUGAAAUUAACGAUGAUUCGUCUGAACAAAUCAAACCAUCUACAUUUAAAGAAAAUGAAGCAUUAAUUCCGGAAGGAUCGCAAUGUGUUGAAAUUACUGUUGAUUUGUUUGAACAAAUCAAACCAUCUACAUUUGAAGAAAAAGAAGCAUUAAUUCCCGAAGAAUCGUCAGAGUCCGAUGAAGUGGUUUCUUCUAGGUGCGAAUUUGGACGUGACUCUCCGUCAUCAUUAGCAGAGCAGUGUAGCCUCAAAGAGGAUGAAUGUGGUAGUGAGCAUCUAGCCAGUAUGGUAGAAGAGGAUGAUCCAAAAGAGUGCACAGAUGAUACAGGAGAAUAUCAGAAGGAAAAACACAAACGCAAGAAUGGAGAGGUGAUACAAGAGUUGGAUGGGUUGAGGGAUAGCGUCUUACGUCUCUCAGUUGGGGCUGAUGGGGAGGUCCCGCUCAAAAGAUGUCGCUUGGUUUCCGGCUCAGACUCCGCCUCUGUGAGUGCAGGGGGACAGUCUUGUCAGGCCCUCUCAACUGAAACCAUUGUUCUGUCUAGUGAAGAGGAGGAUGAGGAAGAGGAGGAGGAGGGGAAAGAGAAUGAAAAGGAAGAUUUUUUCUUAAACAUCCAGCCACCAGAGGGCAUUAAAGACAUACCUACACAUGAAAAACCAGCAAGUGUGUAUGAGCAGAUAGCAAUGACUGAGUGUCGGUCACAAAUCGCAGAACUGUUUACACAGUGCUCUAGUAUGAUCGAGAUACAACUGUCAUCUCUUCACAUGGGUGGAGUUGAUGUCGUAUCCAAUGCGAAAAUGAAGAUCACAAGUGAGAAGAUCACCAUUUCAUUUAAGGAUUCGUCAGUGAUCAUUUGUUUGGAGAUGGAAAACGUUCGUAAAUACAGUGUGUUGAAAGGGAAUGCGUUGAAGGGGUGUGAACUGGUUAAGGAUGAUGAGAUCGAGCCCCCUCCUGUGCUACUCUUAUCGCUGGCUGAUGCUCAGGCCCGUCAACUGCACAAAGACCUCUCCAAUAUCCAGCCAGGAAUAUGCCCAGCUGAAGGCAGCACGUUUGUAGUGCUGUGUUUGGCUGAGCAGGUUGAUGACUUUGAGACGGCAUUCUUUACUUCAUUAAUGGAGCUGGUGGCUCUAAAUCAGGGCAAUCCGGAGCUUGUUUACCCUCUCACAUAUUCAGAAAGUCUGACACUGCUGCAGAGCUCUCAGGAAACGCACCUGCUCCAGCUGCUGACGUCCAAGUCUGAUGCACAAACCAGCACUGCUGCAGAUACAGCUGCAUCUGCCUGUCAGGAUGAUGACGAUGUUCAGCUGAAGCCGGUCCACACGUUGUGCCACAGAAGAUCUGGGGGUUCUUAUAGUGUUUCCAUGGAACCCGCACUCGGGCCAGAAUGGACCCCGUACACCCAUUGCGGUCCUACACGCAGGUUGAUUCAGUUCCCCCCUCCGCCAUCUAAAGGGGCUCUAAGUGUGACAACAGAGGAUUUGGAGUGUUUAGACAGUGGGGAGUUUCUUAAUGACGUCAUCAUCGACUUCUACCUCAAGUAUUUGUUGGUGCAAAAAGCCCCUCGGUCAUCUGUCGACAGAUCACAUGUUUUCAGCAGUUUUUUCUAUAAACAACUUACACGCAGAGACAAUGCAAAUGAAGACAGCACAAGCAUACCAGCUCAGGUCAGAAGGCAUCAGCGUGUGAAGACAUGGACCCGCCACGUAGACAUCUUUGACAAAGACUUCCUGUUUGUGCCUGUCAACCAAGAAUCUCACUGGUAUUUGGUGGUAAUCUGUUUCCCUGGGCUGGAAGAGCCACAGUAUGUAAACUGGGAUGCCCGGGGCUCAAGGCAGGGCGAUGAUGGGGAGGAUUCGUGUGCGUCUGAGAUCCAACCAGACAACAGAUCCAACAAUGAUGAGGAUAAAGAUGCAGAUGACAGCCACGUAAAGUCCAGUAAAUGUCAUGAUCCUCCGGACUGCACAGAAAAUAACUGUGUGAGAAAAACUAUCUGCCAAAGACCGUGUAUACUCGUCAUGGACUCCCUGAAGUUAUCGGUGCACGAGCGUGUCUUCAAAGUCUUGCGCGAAUACCUUCAGAUGGAGUGGGAAGCAAAGAAAUGUGGUUCUCGUGACUUUAGUGCUGAACGCAUGAUAGGUUCACACUGUAAAGUCCCUCUGCAGGACAACAGCAGUGACUGUGGCCUUUACCUGCUACAAUAUGCAGAAAGCUUUUUACAGGACCCCGUGGUACACUUCGACCUGCCGCUGAGAUUAGAACGCUGGUUUCCACGACAACAGGUGCGAGGGAAGAGGGAUGAGAUUCGAGACCUUAUACUACACCUGUACCGAUUUCAGCAAGGCUCAAUAGGAAAUGAAAGUUUACAGUUGAUGAAAACGAGAUUAAGUAGUGUAUAGUGUUUAAAUGUGCAUUGUUUUAUGCUAGAUAUAUUUAUAUUUUAUGUGUUUUUGAACUGUUUAUAUACAUGUAUGUUUUUGUAUACAUUGCUGGAAAAAUUCAUAAGGAAAUAAAUCAGAACAUUUGAAUUUUU